CCCCGCAGCGUGGAGCCCACCGAGCCCGGCGACUACAAGCUUUGCUUCGACAAUUCCUUCAGCACCAUCUCGGAGAAGCUGGUGUUCUUCGAGCUGCUCUUCGACAGCGCCCCGGGGGACGAGGACGAGGAGGAGGAGGAGGAGGAAGGAGACGGGUGGGUGGAGGCGGCGCAGCCUGAGGAUGCGCUGGACGUCAAGAUCGAGGACAUCAAGGAAUCCAUCGAGACCAUGAGGAACCGCUUGGAACGGAGCAUCCAGAUGCAAACGCUCCUUCGAGCCUUCGAAGCUCGAGACCGGAACCUCCAAGAGAAUAAUUUGGGUCGAGUGAACUUCUGGUCAGCUGUGAACUUGGCCGUGCUGGUGGUGGUGGCUUUUCUCCAGGUCUACAUGCUCAAGAGCCUCUUUGAGGACAAGAGGACAGUGAGGACAUAG